AUGGCGUCGCGGUACCGCUCUCGUGAAUCGACGGGGUCGUCCUCUCAGUGUUCCCCCCAGGAGGAUAAAUCCAAGAAGGAAAAGGAAGAUGAAAAAAAGAGCCAGAAAGGAGGUUUGAUCCAGGGGAUAAAGAAAGUAUGGGCAAAAACAGGCUUGGAUCUGCCCACAGUUCUGCUGAUGAUGAAAGGUGGUAUCCCACCAACAAUUGCGGUAUCAAUAUACCAGUCCCAUUCUGUUGCGUCCGAGUAUACCACCCUUGGCUACUUAGUUGCCAUCAUUUCAGUUCUGGGUUUUGCGAUCAUGCCCAGAGCCAAAUUCCUUCAGAUGAUCGUCUACGACAUUGUGGCCGUCUGCCUGGCAUCGGCAAUGGCGUUGCUGAUGAUGUUUUCGAGUAUCAGGGCACGAGAGCAUACCCAACCACCACAUUCAACAUCUGUGUACAAUUCCUCUGCAUCGGCUGUUUGUGGGGUCUGGCUGUUUUUUCAAAUUUAUGUGGUACAUUCGUUCCGUGCGAAAUUCCCCCAGUUCCAGCUCCCGGUUAUCAUCUACUCAAUCUUCGUCAACGUCUCGACAACCUUCGCUCCACGGUUCGUCAGCAUGACUGUUGGCCUCACUUUCGUCCGGAGAAUGCUGGAAGCGUUUUUAACAGGACUGGGCAUUGCCACAGCCACGUCCUUGCUCAUCCUCCCAGUGACAUCUAGGAGCAUUGUAUUCAAACAAAUGGCUGGCUAUGUCGGUGGAUUACGCGCGACUCUCAAAGCCCAUUCAGCGUACUUUGAGUCCUUGGAACACGAAGACAUGUUUGGUAGGACCCAAACGUACGACGACACAAUUGAAAAAAUGAAUCAAAAAGGGAAAAAGGCGUACAGCCCAGAAGCAGAAGCUAUUAUGGGUGCCGUCGCGCGGGUUAACGAACUCCACGGUAAACUCCGCGGAGACAUUACAUUUGCAAAGAGAGAAUUUGCUAUAGGAUACCUCGGCCCAGAUGACAUUCAGACCAUCUCUAAGCAUCUGGGCCAGAUUAGGAUUCCAGUUGUCGGCCUUAGUUUCGUGAUGGAUGUUUUCCAGCGUCUUUCAGAAUACAAUAGAUGGAAUGAGCCCAUUGAUCCGGGAGAUAUUUCGGACGAACUGCGACACCGAGUCGUGCGUCAAUGGAAUGAUCUCAUGAGCGCUGUGCAUGCACCGUUUCAAAUGAUGAUGCAGAUAAUUGACGAAGGGCUACAGCAUGCGACGUAUGUUCUGAAGAUGGACAAACCUCCGAAAAAUCCCGCUGCCAAUAAUGCAUCUCCGGAUGCAGGGGCAGAUGUGGAAUCACAAAACACCACAGCACCCGGUGAGAAGGGGUUUGCGGUAUAUUUUGAAAAGAAGCUUGCCGAAUUUGGAGAAGCCAAGCGGAUCGCAUUGAGGACAUGGAGCGAAGAGCGAGGCAUUCACUUACCCCCCGAAUUCUUUGAGCAUCCAUCUUCACUGGAUAUCGAUAUCGAUGAUGAUCCGCUAAAGCAGCCAGAAGUUCGUGCUCGUAGUCGGCGACAACUCUAUAUGUUCCUCUAUAUGGAACAACUUCUUUAUUCGACCGGACAUGCUGUUCUGGACUUUGUUAAAUUCGCUGACGGCAGACUGGAGAGCGGGAAGCUUUCGAGAAAACGGCUUGUGAUCCCAGGGAGCAAGCGUAUGAGGAAAUGGGUGCUCAGCACAUUUCAAGUAGAGGAUUCUACCGAAGACGACAAUAUGGGUGACAUGCAAACACAGAGGAACCUUCUCCACCUUGGCGAGGCAUAUACGCGCCGAAAGGACCCGGAACAUCUUCCACCAGAGACAAUUUGGGAGCAGAUAGGAGAUAGCAUCAGAGCCAUCCCGGCGGUCUUACGCUCUCCAGAAUCAGCGUAUGGUUUCCGGGUCGCAUGUGCCACUAUGACCAUUGGUAUUAUUUGCUUCCUCCACAACACACAAGACUUCUUUGUAAAAGAACGCUUGGUAUGGGCCAUGAUCAUGGUCAAUCUGAGCAUGUCUACAACCUCGGGACAGAGCAUUUUCAGUUUUGCGCUUCGUAUCCUGGGUACGAUCGUUUCCAUGGUUUGUACUCUUUUAAUCUGGUACAUUCCAGAUGAAAAGACACCGGGCGUGAUCGUGUUCCUCUUCAUCUUUGUGUCCUGCGGUUACUACAUCCCGAUUAAGAAGUUCCAUUUGCGUGUUGUUGGCAUGAUUUCUAUUGUGACUGCUACGAUGAUAAUUGGAUACGAGCUCCAGGUUCGAAAGAUAGGCGAACAGCUCGCCACGUCUAAUGGCCAACCAUAUUACCCGAUCUAUCUCCUGGGACCAUAUCGGCUGGCAACAGUGGCAGGAGGUAUCGCGGUUGCUUUCAUCUGGACGUUCUUCCCAUAUCCGAUCUCUGAACACUCGGCGCUCCGCCAAAGUGUGGGAGCGUCACUAUAUCUCCUGGCAAACUAUUACUCAGUCGUUCAUGAAACCGUCUUCGCGCGCAUGAGUGGGCAGGUGGGCGAUAUGACUCUCAAGACUUCAGCGGGCCGUAAACUUGAAAAGGCGCGCAACAAGGUAUUCUCGAAACAAAUGUUGAUGCUGAACGGCCUUCGCACCUACGCCGGGUUCCUCAAAUGGGAGGUCCCUAUCGGUGGUCGGUUUCCAGAGAAGCAGUAUUUAUCGAUUAUAACGUGUGUUCAAAACAUCGCCAAUUACCUAUCCCUCAUGGCAUACGCCUCAGACACAUUAAUACAUCUUGGGAACAACCCGACCUCAGAUGCCAUCUGGAUCGAAGAUUUCAAAAGACUCGUCUCCACAGCCAAGGGAACAAUUCAUGAAAUGACCUCCCUGCUCUGUCUUCUUUCUGCCAGCAUAACAAACCGCCAACCACUCCCGCCUUAUCUCAAGACUCCGAAACCGUACAGCUUUGACAAGAAGCUAGACGAGAUCGACAGGGACAUCCUUACAAUCCGGCACAUUGCCGAUCCAGGCUUUGCGGCGUUUGCCGUGUUGCAGAUCUCAGCGAGGUGUAUCGCUGGGGAUGUACAAAGAUUGUUGCGUGACGUGCGGUCGUUGGUCGGGGAACUCGAUUUCUCGUUCCAUGCUAUUAGCACCGCUCACUUUUCCGCGAGGAGUAGUAUCUCGGACACGACACGGCCGAAUACCCCAAUACCGAGCAGCGUAGCUCUUCGAGAUAAAGCGGAUUAA